GAUAUGCAUUCAUAUAAUCAUGAGUCAUGACUGUCGAAUUUUGCUAAAAGAUAAAUCAGAAAAUUUUCUAAGUAGUUGCAUUAAGCUUACUGUGUAUUCUUGACAUUUGAGGAGGAGGGGUCUUAGAUCUGGUGCCUGAUCAUGAGACUUGUGCUAAUAAAACUAUUGCUCUUUGUUGAAUAAUCUAUACUUGUACGCAACUCUGCUUUCCGUUUGUCUUGAUUCUGCUGCAUUAGGUCCUAUAAAAUAGUGAUCUCUUAUAUAUUCACUAGGACACAAAUUCAUUCUUCUUCUUCCAUGUUCUUAUGAAGUAUGACGAAAGCAAAGGAGUUACCUGAUCCAGCCCUGACCAGUAAGAAGAAAUUGGUUAUCCCAGUAGGACCCAGGUUUCAGGUUGAUGUUCCAGAUUGGGCCAACUCUCCGAAUAAGGGAACUCCAGCAGAUGUUGCAUUAAGAGCUUCUAUUCCAUCGUAUAAAAAGGAGGAAUCUGAUACUUCAAAAUGGCUUGGUACACGGGUAUGGCCAAGAGCGGAUAACCUAGAAAACAAGGAAAUUAACGAGGCAUUGGUUGGGAAAGGGAGAAAUGAACAUUGUUCUUGUAGGUCCCCUGGAUCUUACGAAUGUGUUAAAAAACACAUUAGUGAACAAAGCAUGAAGUUGAAGUCUGAACUGGAGACCGCGUUCAAUGUCUGGAAGUUUGAUGAAAUGGGAGAAGAAGUUUCCCAGUUGUGGAACAGUAAGGAGCAAAAGAAGUUCAGGUCCAUCGUUAAGACGUGUCUGUCUAAAGGCAAAAGCUUCAUGAAACCAGCAUUAGCAUCUUUUCCUUCCAAGAAUAGGCAAAGCAUCGUCAACUAUUACUUCAAUGUUCACAUUCCUCAGCGUAUUAGGUCAUCUGGUAUAACAAUCAACACCGAUGAUGAAGAUGAAGAAGAGGAAGAGGAAGAGGAAGAAGAGGAGGUCACUGAUCCCAGACGUUCUCGUAAAAGGAAUCGAGCAAACAAAGGUGUCUCUACUAGUUCUAGAUCUCUCAAGACAAAGUUCCUAAGUGGUCGACGAUGACACCAGAAGUCAAUCAGGGCUGACUCAACAAUAUUGGGGCCUAAAACGAAAUUUAAGAGAGAGACCUUAAUUUUUUUUUUAUUAUACUUUUAUUUGAAUGUACUUUCUAGCUAUUUUAGA